AGUUGUUUAAAUAGAGGUCACAGUUCGACAAUCGCUUCGCUAUCACUUCGCUAGCGCUACAACGCGUCAGUUGUGACGAUGUUUUGGUUGUUACAAAAGAUACAUAGAUGAAAUAGAAGAUGAGACGUAAUAGUGAUAAUGAGCCAGCAUUCUAUGUUGUUCAUUUCAUAGCACGGCCUUUUGAAGAAAUUGAUGAUUACGUGUGCGUGCCGUGCGCUUGGGUGGUAUUACGCAAAGCGGCGAAUGACAAGACCGUUGCAGUUGCUUACCCUAAAGACGAAGAUCCUUUUGAUACGAGAGAUCGCGCGAAGAGGAAAGAGCGAUACCAUGAUGAGUGGAGAUUUUAUUUGGCCACUAUCAAACAUGAGUCAAAUUCUUACAAUGAAGCAGAAUUUUGGAUCGCUAUGAGAAAUUAUUAUGGACCUUUGCUUGAAAUAAAAUCAAAAGUAACAGAUACACAACCAAAGUUUUCGAAAUUGCGCAAAUUGGAAAAUUCUCACGCAGAAAAAUCUUCUGUUGUUUCUCAUGCUGAAGAAAGUACUGAACCAAGGUCUAAAACUCUGCGUACUGAUCAAACCGAACAUACUUUAAGCUCACCCGUAAAAGACGUAAGUUCUGCAGAUAGACCCACAGCUGCCCAAAACUUUACGGGAAGGAGCCGUCAGAUGAAUCUCAAAUUUAUUUUAGAGCAACAAAUGUUGAACAACUUUGCUACCCUCUUUACUCAAAUGCAGUCUACUUUUCAACAUACGACUGAUAUGUACCACACCUUACAGAGUUCCGUCCACGAUACUGGCAGGAUAUACAGUAAGGUUAAAGAUGCCGUCAAAGAAUUUAACACAGCGGGAAACGCAGCUAAUAAUGCAAGGAGCCGUCAGAUGAAUCUCGAAUUUAUUUUAGAGCAAAUGUUGUACAACUUUGAUACCCUCUUUACUCAAAUGCACUCUACUUAUCAAGAUACGACUUAUAUGUACAACACUUUACAGAGUUCCAUCCACGAUACUACCAAGAUGUACAAAAAGGUUUUGGGUGCCGUCGAAGAAUUUAACACAGCGGGAAACGCAGCUAAUAAUGCAUCUCCUUCGAGCAACCCAAUACUAGAUGUGGAACAUCUAGUAUUGGCUGAAGAAAGACGCACUACAAUAACAGCGAGUGCUAGUUCUAGUAAACAAGAUCAACAUAGUAAUGAUGUUGCUAACAAAACGCCGAAAAAAAACCACAUGAAGUUGUUCCGUUUCGUUUUACCACCGGAAUAUGACGCUUAUGAUUCAAGAUGGACAUUGAAGUAUCCAACAUAUCUGCCAGGGCUCGUACAACUUGUACCUGAAAGCCAUGUUUACGUCAAUUACGAUGAACUCAAAUACUGUCAGCAAGUAUCGAAAGAUUGCCCAUCAUUAGCUAGACGAUUAUUAACAGAAGUCUUCAGCAGAAAUGCACUGAGUGUUUGUUCAUCAAUGAGUGAAACCGCGAAGGCUUCUAACAGUGUCGGCUCUAAUAUAAGGCCAGAUUUAGAUGACCAUGCGUGUUCGGUACUGUUGAAUUUUGUUAUAGAGCAUGGACUCCAACGUGGCUGGAAUACUGAUCUAAAACCUAUCAUCGAUAUGUUACACAGUAAGACGCAAGAGAUUCGGUUCCAAUUUGGUAUAAUGGUUGAAUGUUGAUGACACAAAUUGGGCCUAUUGCACUUCAAUGGGCAUUUCAUGAUUUUGUUUUGUAAGGAGAGUCCCAUCAGCGAAGCGGAGUAAAAUUGGUUUGCAAGAUCAAAUUUGUCAUGUAUUUGCAAUUACAUGCUAUUGUUUUACUUGCCCAUUACAGAAA